AUGGUCGCUACAUCGGCCACGGCGUUUUUGCUACUCGUUAGCCUUUGCCGGGCACUGGAUGAGGUUGACUAUUUGAAACAAUUCGGCUACUUGCCAAGCAGUGGAGCCGAAUCACAGCUUACGAGCGAUGCAGUCAGCGACGCUUUGAAACGAUUCCAGCGAAUGUUUGGCCUACCUCAAACGGGUGAAAUGGAUGAGGCAACGAGCAAUCUUAUGUCGAAAAAACGCUGUGGGGUCAAAGACGUACAGCGAACCUUACGAGUGAAGCGCUCCUUGCCUCAUCCUAGGUGGAAAUCAAACAAAUUUACCUUUCUUGGUUGCUCUCUAUUCGAUGUUUUUGCCAGCCAUCGGUUGAUAGUAGCAAUUAGCCUAUGCAGAAAACAGAGGAAUAUGACGACAGCUGCACAGUUCCUAGAAAUUUCUAUUUCAAAAUAA